GACAAUUAUGAGUUAUGAUUUCUUAUUGAGAACUAUCAUGGCAGGCCAGCAAAUAAAAGAUGAGCUCGUAACCUUUGAUCCUGAUUGCAUCCCUCCAAACUUUGAAAUGGCUCGACUGCAUUAAGUAUACAAUCCGUUGAAUAUGAGAAAGCGAGUGCAGUUGGCAAAAACUCAGCAGAAGAGGAAAUCGUUAAUAUGUAGGAAGCACGUUGUCCAUGCUGUUUAAAAUGGACGGAGAAGACUCCGUUGUCUGUGAAAGUUAGUCCAUUGAAAUUAUCCUUCCUUGGAACAGGAGUGCCACUAUUUUUCGAUUUCAUAAAAUAAUGCAUAACCAUUUUGAUCAUCAUGUUUUGUACAUCCGGAGACUACAAUCUAAUAACCAACAUUGCUUUUGGGACGAGUUGUCAAAAGGAUCUGGAUGAUACGAAUACAAGUGACAAUUGUGACCUGAAUUAUAUCACUUAGUCAUCCUUGGCAAAUAAGCGUUUGGAUUCUUCACUGAUGAAUCUGCAAUAGAUGUUGAAUUUGGUCUCGAUCUUUAUCAUAAUCAUCUUGCUUCAAUACAUUAGAAUUUAAUAAAGGACUAUCCUUAGAGAUUGUGAUUUCCACACAACCACUCCUUCAGAUUUCGGAGUGAAGUUAAGUCACAUUCCAGUUGAGAAUGCUGGGUAGAUCAAAGAUCGACUUAGUAAAGUGCUGAAUGAAUUCUUGGAAAAAAGUAAUCUUUGUUGAGAUAUGCAUUUAGAUGUUCCUUACGAUCCAAAAGUAUUAAAAUACAUGGAGUCUAAGAUGAAGAGAAGGAAUGUCAAAAAGGGGUAUAAGAUUCCUCCCAGAAUCCAUUCAAUUACACUGUGUUAUGACAUUUCUAAAUACGAGUAGUUGAACGCUAAGAAAGAAUCCUUUGUGAAGGAGAAGCAGAAGUAUCUGGAGAAAAUGUAUGAAAAUUACAGUCCAGAGGAUGGCUUACUUUAGAAGGUGGACGGAGUGUAUGUGGAUAAUGAACUCAAUGAAAUCGAAAAGAAUCUGGAGGCAGCUAGGUAACAGGUGAAGCUGUACUUUGAUUAAUUCCUUGAUUCAAAUAGCGAGUAGAAGGAAUUUGUGGGGAUUGCAUUCGUGACCUUCUAAUGGGAAUCAGAUUAGGAAGCCUUCAUAAAUCUGAAUAGAACAACUGUUUGGGGCAGAUAUUUUGGGGAGCAGACUAAAAUCUUCCUGGAUGAUUAGAAUAUCGUUGUGGAUGAGGCUCCGGAGCCAAAUGAUAUCAGUUGGCAAAACUUACAUAUUGGAAACAACAAGAAGAUAUUUAAUAGGAUAUUGAGCGUAAUCUUAAUUGGUAUAUAAUUAUGUUUUACAAGUUGGGCUAUCUUCAACAUUUCUAAACUAUAAUAAGAAUUGUUGGAGAAAGAGAAUCUGCUUUUAAAGAAGUUAGCAUCUCUUGCUUCAGUGAUCAUCAUAUUCAUAAACUACUUAUUGUCUUAUAGCAUUAAAAAGAUCGCAGCAUUCCAAGGGUUUUCAACCAACACUGGUCAUCACAUUUCGAUUGCUACUUCAGCUGGGAUUGCUCAAUUUGUAAAUAGUGCCUUGGUGACAUGGCUAGUAUUCACACUUCUUUUUGACGAAAACUAUUACAAAGAUGGAGGCUUAAUUUAUAACCAGACCUAUGUGUUCAUCUCUAAUAUGAUAAUCCCAGCUGUAACUGCAAUUCUAGAUCCAUUUUAUUGGCUCAAAGUGUAUUAGCGAUAUUCGGAGGAGUAGAAGGGGAAGUACUCUGUGUGUACUCAAGAACAAUUGAAUAAGUAGUUUCAGGUUUCUAUUUAAUAGACUAUUUGAAAACAACGAGGAAACACUAUCUGAUCGUUAUGCUGGCAUAAUAAAGACUAUGCUAAUGACUUCGUUCUAUGCAAGCAUCAUACCUUUGGGCAUUUUAUUUUCAAUUGGAGCAUUGACUCUGUUAUAUUGGGUCUACAAGUACUAGUUUCUGAGGAGAAGAACAUUCAAGUAAUCUUUGAGUUUCAAUCUAUCCAUUGAAAUGACUGAGGUAUUGGAAUACAUGAUACCUAUUUAUUGUGUAAGUUCAUGUUUUUAAUCUAGUUUUCUAACUUCUGGUUUUAAUACACUUUUACUAAAGGGAAGGAUGUUUCUUCAUUUGCGAUAAUCGGAGUGGUUGUUGGAAUAGUUAAUGCUGUGUUGCCUUGUUAUGAAUUGAACUAGGCACUCUUCAUAAUUGAGGAUUACGAGCAGGUGACAAGACCUUACAAAAAGAUAGAGAAAUCGUUGGAUAGUGAUUAUAGUAGGAACAAUCCAGCCACUCAAGAUCAGGCCAAGGAGAAAUUCAUUUAAAGUAUGCGCGUUAAUAAAUGACGUUAUGGG